CGUCGGCUGCGCUAUGGCGGCGAUCCCCCCAGACUCCUGGCAGCCUCCCAACGUAUACUUGGAGACCAGCAUGGGGAUCAUUGUGCUGGAGUUGUACUGGAAGCAUGCUCCGAAGACCUGUAAGAAUUUUGCUGAGUUGGCACGUCGAGGUUACUACAAUGGCACGAAGUUCCACAGGAUCAUCAAAGACUUCAUGAUCCAGGGAGGUGACCCAACAGGAACAGGUCGAGGUGGUGCAUCUAUCUAUGGCAAGCAGUUUGAGGAUGAACUUCACCCAGACUUGAAAUUCACGGGGGCUGGAAUCCUCGCCAUGGCCAAUGCAGGGCCAGACACCAACGGCAGCCAGUUUUUCGUGACGCUUGCCCCUACCCAGUGGCUUGAUGGCAAGCACACCAUUUUUGGCCGCGUCUGCCAAGGUAUAGGAAUAGUGAAUCGAGUAGGAAUGGUGGAAACAAACUCCCAGGACCGCCCUGUGGACGAUGUGAAGAUCGUUAAGGCGUACCCUUCUGGGUAGGCUUGCUGCUCUUGAGGGCACGCCUGGAUCUUCCGGGAUGGCCCCAGUGAACCAGCUUCUGGAUGACCUAGAGUGACAUGUACUUAAACUUCAUUUUGGCCUUGCGAAUCACAGAGCUAAGGAGACCUGGGGUCUUGGGUGAGUUAGAGCUGGAAGUAUAUUUUAAGAGGAUGCUUCUUUUCUCUUUCCCCAGUGCCUAGGUUUGACAGAGGGUUUGCAGAAAUGCUCAUAAGUGAUCACUUACAGUGAACCGCUCAUUGUAAAUGAGCAUAUACUGCUCCUCCUCACGCGUGUCUGUGCUGAUGCACUUGGAACAAGAGGAAGCCGACUCUGUCAUUCCAUAGUCCCGAACCAAACUUCUUCCUGCAGGGAUUUCUAUUCUGGCCUACACCGCAGGCUUUGGUGGCUGACAGCCACAGAAUUCAAAACCAAGUAGUGUCUAUCAGCCUUCUUAACUCUGUGCACACCCUAUUUCAGUCUCCUACAUUUGUUCUUCCGGGAAUGUAUGCAUCUCUAUAUAUAUUUUCCCUCUCAAAACCAGAACGUCAACACUGCUGUUUCUGACACUGAGACAUCCCACGCAAAGCCACAUUGAAUUUUUGCCAAAUGAAAAAUGCAUCCAACAAUCAAGUUUC